UUCCUUUUUAUUCCCCCGAAGGUUUUUGAGGAAAGAGGCAACCAAAGCCCUGCUGCCGCCGAUUUAAACGUACCUUCUUUCGAUUCUUCCAGAAGGCAAAAGCAAGAUAAGAAUCAUGGCAUAUGCUGCAAUGAAGCCAACAAAACCUGGUUUGGAGGAGUCCCAGGAGCAGAUUCACAAGAUCAGAAUCACGCUCUCGUCCAAGAAUGUCAAAAACCUUGAAAAAGUUUGUGCUGAUUUGAUCCGUGGAGCCAAGGAUAAGAGACUGAGGGUGAAGGGACCUGUGAGAAUGCCUACCAAGGUUCUUCAUAUUACCACUAGGAAGUCUCCUUGUGGUGAAGGGACAAACACAUGGGAUCGAUUUGAACUCCGUGUUCAUAAGCGAGUUAUUGACCUAUUCAGUUCACCUGACGUGGUGAAGCAGAUUACAUCUAUUACAAUUGAACCUGGUGUUGAGGUGGAGGUCACCAUCGCAGAUUCUUAAUUAUCUGCAUUUAGGCCUUUGAGGCUCUGUUUGGUCAGAAUGAGGUGGAGGAUGUCUCUAGUUUGUAUUUUUUUCCCAUGCUAGUGUUGAAGUGAAGCUUUUGAUGCCCCAGGUUUUGUUUUCCUUUUGUUGCCCAAUGUCAAUGUGUGGAUGUUCCUUUUGUUAAUGGGUAUUUAAGAAGAAAGCUAAAAGGAAUGCUGUUCCAUAACUUUUGAGUGGGUGUUUUCAUUUAUGCUUAAUACAAAAAAAAAAACUCAAAUUAUAAUUU